CUCUUCUGUUGCUCCGUUACCGUGGCAACGCCAAUAGAGCGUCGGCUGCUGCUUUGAAAUAGAUGGAGAGGAAGAUGGAGGAGAGCACUGUUAGAGACGUCGAGGCUGGUAGUGAAGCUGCGGGGGAGGAUGCCUUGGUGGGGAACGUGAACAAGCUGAUGGUGAGCCCGCCAGGAUAUUCAGGACCUCCACGAAAAGGACAUAUGAUUUUCGAUGCUUGCUUUGAGAGUGGAAACCUGGGCCGUGUUGAUUACAUCAGUGAGUUUGAGUUUGAUCUCUUCAUCCGGCCUGACACCUGCAACCCACGCUUCAGAGUCUGGUUCAACUUCACUGUGGAGAAUGUCCGGGAGACACAGAGGGUUAUUUUCAAUGUGGUGAACUUCUCAAAGACCAAGAGCCUGUACAGAGAUGGCAUGUCUCCUGUGGUUAAGUCUGCCAGCCGGCCGAAGUGGCAGAGGCUUCCAGCAAAAAAUGUCUACUACUACCGAUGCCCCGAUCACAGACGCAACUAUGUCAUGUCUUUUGCCUUCUGCUUUGACCGAGAAGACGACAUAUACCAGUUUGCCUACUGCUACCCCUACACCUACUCCCGGCUGCAGCAUUACCUUGCAAGCUUGGAACGAAGAAACCUUCCCUACCUGCAGAGGGAACAGCUGGGACUCAGUGUGCAACAAAGGCGUCUAGAUCUGUUAACCAUCACCAACUGUGACCAUACAAGUGCAGAGAGAGAGAAGAAGCUGGUCUUUCUGACAGCUCGUGUUCAUCCUGGAGAGUCUCCUGCCUCCUUCGUAUGUCAAGGUGUGAUUGACUUCCUGGUGAGCCAACAUCCAGUUGCUCAGAUCCUGCGAGAUCAUGUGAUCUUCAAGAUUGUCCCCAUGCUGAAUCCUGAUGGAGUCUAUCUGGGAAACUACAGGUGUUCUCUGAUGGGCUUCGACCUGAAUCGCCACUGGCAGGAUCCCUCUCCAUGGGCACACCCCACGUUGCACGCUGUUAAACAACUCAUAGUGCAGAUGAACCAAGACCCGAGAGUUAGUUUGGAGUUCUACAUUGAUGUCCAUGCCCACUCCACAAUGCUAAAUGGCUUCAUGUAUGGAAACGUGUUUGAAGAUGAGGAGCGAGUCCAGAGACAGGCUGUCUUCCCCAGACUGCUGUGCCAAAAUGCAUCAGACUUCUCCUUUUCUAACACUUCUUUUAACCGCGAUGUGGUGAAGGCCGGUACUGGAAGACGCUUCCUUGGUGGUCUUCUUGAUGACACUUCCUACUGCUACACUCUUGAGGUGUCCUUCUACAGCUACAUGACAGCUGGUAGCACAGCCCCGGUUCCAUAUUCGGAGGAGACCUACAUGAAGUUGGGCAGGAACGUGGCUCGAACCUUCCUGGAUUACUACAAACUCAACAACCUCAUCAAGGAAAACAGACCGACUCACAUUCAAAACACUGAGGUGAUGUCCCAUACAGGCACCAGCAGUACUGGAAAGGGCAUUGGUAUUAGCAGAAACACAGCAGACAGAGAAAAGGAGAAGAACCAAGGUGUCAGGCACUGAAAAGUCAGACGGAC